AUGUUGGGCAAUCCGCCCCGACAAGCCUCCCCUGACCCAUGGGGCCUCGGAAACGACCCGUGGUCCAGCUACACCACCUACCAGCUUGCCUCCUCGCCCCGUGGGCGGAUACAGCGUACGGACUCCGCCGGGGGCAGCCCGCCACCGACCUCCCCGAGCAUCGACGAGGCCUCUCCUUCGCUGACGAUUUCAGUCAGCGUGCCGAAGUGCGCCAAGCGAGAAACUCUCAGAAGGAAGAGCCAUGUGGUCAUGAUUGGCGAGUAUGCCUUCUGGUUAGAGGUUUUCCCGCAGGGUCAUGACGAGUCCUCCAACAUGGUCGCCGCCUUCCUUGGGAUGUCUUCCCCCACAUCAGGCGCCGACGAUCCUUACUGGAGCCUGGAACUCACUUUCCUGAUCGAGGCCGCCUGCGGCUCGAGAGUUCGCUGCCGAAAGGAGGAGCGAUGCAGCCUCUGCCCCGGGAAAGGGAAGGGCUGGUGGGGCAAAGGCACAGGAAAGUCCAAAGGAGGAGUGGUCGAGGUGAACGACGAGUUCACAGCGAAGCGCGGCUUUCCUGACCUUUUCCCUCACUCGGACUGGACCGCGCCCUGGAUGCGCUGCACUCUGCGCUUGUGGCUGCCCCACUCCAUCACAUGUGGCUCCUGCCAGAUGCAUCAGGGAAAGAAGAUGUGGGAGCACAUGCGCUUUGCAGACAUGUCUGUGGUUUCCGGCCUGGAUGCUGCUUGCGCCUUGCCGUGCCAUCGGGCCGUGCUCGCCACCUGCUCGGAAGCACUGAAUUCGAUGCUUCAAACUGGCAUGAAGGAGGCUCAGGAGAAGCAGAUUACUUUCCCCGACGCCUCCAGCGAGGCUCUCUCCGUCUUUCUCGAGUUCAUCUAUACUUCGGAGAUGCCGGCAUCUGCCCAGGAGAUGAGACCCAGGCAGAUGGAGCAGGUGAUGCACCUGGCACGGAUGUACGACGUCCCAGGUUUGCGGAAAGCUUGUGGCGAGCUUCUCGUCUCGAUGCUUGACCGAAGCAACAUCUUGGAGAUUCUCAGUCCAUUGCGCCUGCACAGCGACGAUCCGGAGAUAUGGGUUCUUCUGCAAGAGACCUACCGGUCCAUCAAGCAGGAGGACGACGGGGAAGACCUCUUCGAUGCGCUGGUAGAAACUGCAUGCCGUCACCUGGGCCAGCUCGAGGUGCUGAAGACUCGGCUGGGUGAGGAGGCGGAGUGA